CCAAAAUUAAAAAAAGAGCCGCCUUUUCUAUUCUAUUUGCUGCUUUUCGCCAAAGAAGCUUUUUUUUUUUUUUCCCUUUUACUACUGUUAUUCUUCAAUUCUCUCUACUUAAUUGAGAGGUAAGGAGAAAGGUUGAAUUUUUGGAAGAUGAACGGUUUGCAGCGUCCUCGACCAGAUUUGGCUGAUGAAGCUAAUCAUGGUGAUGGUUUCAUUAGAACUUAUAAAGCUUGGAAAGGCAGCAAUGUAUUUGUUUUGGGAGGAAGAUUUAUAUUUGGACCUGAUGUGAGAUCCCUUUUCUUCACUAUCUUCUUAAUUGUUGCUCCUGUUGCUGUCUUCUGUGUCUUUGUAGCAAGAAAAUUAAUGGAUGACUUCCCUCAUCACCUCGGAAUAUCAAUAAUGGCUGUUGUUGUGGCUCUCACUUUAUCUGAUAUAACUCUUCUUCUACUAGCCUCAGGAAGAGAUCCCGGUGUAAUUCCACGAAACUUGCACCCGCCCGAACCUGAAGGUUACGAAGGAAUGACUGAAGUUCGGCCUGGCCAAACUCCACCAUUACGAUUACCGCGUACAAAGGAUGUGAUUGUCAAUGGUAUAAGUGUGAAGAUCAAAUAUUGUGAUACAUGCAUGCUGUACAGACCUCCCCGAUGUUCUCACUGUUCGAUAUGCAAUAACUGCGUUGACAGAUUCGACCACCACUGCCCUUGGGUUGGUCAGUGUAUCGGACUGCGGAAUUACCGAUUCUUCUUCAUGUUUGUCUUCUCUACAACUCUACUUUGUUUAUACGUGCAUGGAUUUUGCUGGGUUUAUAUCCGGAGGAUCAUGAAUGGCGAGGAGGCUACAAUCUGGAAAGCGAUGACUAAAACCCCUGCCUCCAUUGUGCUAAUAAUCUACACCUUCAUUUCAGUUUGGUUUGUUGGUGGAUUGACUGUCUUUCAUUUGUAUCUAAUCAGUACAAACCAGUCUACAUACGAGAAUUUUAGGUACCGGUAUGAUAGUCAUGAGAAUCCAUACAACAAAGGGGUCAUCAGGAACUUCUUGGAGGUAUUCUGCACCAGUAUUCCUCCAUCCAAGAUAAACCUCAGGGCAAAGGUUCCGAAGGAACCUGCAAUUGCACCAAGAACAGUGAGUGGAGGUUUUAUCAGUCCAAACAACGGGAAAGCCAUUGGUGACAUCGAAAUGGGGAGAAAGCCAGUUUGGGAUGAGGCUUUAGGAGAUAUAAGCGAUUAUGAAGGACAACACAGUGUUGACUACAGCGACAAGGACAGCAGAUUGCCUGAUGUAUCUCCCGAUUUAAGUAGGAUCCUUCCUCCGGAUAACACAGAGGGGCGUGGUGUCAUGCAUCAUCCUAGACGUUCGAGUUGGGGAAGAAACAGUGAAAGAUGGGAAAUAUCACCCGAGAUUCUUCCUUUGUCCAGAAUUGGAGAAUCUAAGGGGAUGAAUGGUAAGAGCAAUGGGGAAUCUACAAACCAGAAUCAACAAUUUGAAAUGAGGUUAUCAACUGUAAAAUGAACAGAAAAUAAACAUGAAAGAGGAAAAAAAAAAUGGUGUGCAUUCUGUUUGGUGUUUGAUUGGAACCAAAUGCUUUAAUUUUUCACAUGCUAAAAUGUUUUGUAACGUGUAAUGAGUUGUGUUAUUUCAUUUGCCCAACGUGUAAUGGGUUGUGUUAAAA